CCAAACAUGACAGCAGAAGCGUUUGAUGCUCGUAAAAAAGAAAUCCUUGCAUUUGCAGUGGACAAGUCUCCAAAGGGGAGCAUAGACGAACCAGUCCGACCCCUGCUUGAUGUUGUGAACAAAUGCAAAGACUUGGUAACAACGUCCAGUUGUUCAGGAAGAGUUGCAAUUUACGUCGACGCGGACCCAUCGACCCUUGAAAAAGUCAAGAAAGGCGGCAUAUGGCUUUCUGUCUCUCACGACCCGUUGCCAAUAGAAGACUCUACAAGACUUUGGUCCAGCCUUUUUCCUACCCAUCCACAUCCCACCUCAAUUGAGUUUUGCCAUGCAGCUCCAUCGCUAUCAGAUCCCAUUAUAUACUUCAAGUUCGAGCCCUUCAUUCUGCAUGUUUUGACCCGCUCGCCGGAAGCCGCGGCCGAGCUGCUUACUGUCGCCUUACAGGCGGGUUAUGCCAACUCGGGGGUCCAGCGAUCUAUCGUACAGAUUCGAGGGACAUUGAAAUUGGAUGUGCCGAUUGGGACAUAUCGUCGUGGACAGGUUGAGCUAUGUGUUGGUAGAGAGUAUGUAGAGUUUCUUUGUCGGUUAGCCAACGACAAGUUUAUAGAAAAUUUUGCCAAAAUGGGAAGGUUUCAAGAGAUGGUUAUGAAAGAGUUGGUGGACGGGCCGGUGGUCACUAAAGAGUUUGUCGAGACGCGAGAACACCGAAUGGAGCGCAAGAAACGAGAAGGACUAUUGAAGGCUUCCAAAAUGAAAGAGGAAAGAGAGAAGCUUAAACGCGAGCAGCGGGUUGAGGAUGAAAUCGAUAGCACAGAAGUAUUAGGAGAUAAUGCUGUGAUAAUAUAGUUUCUUGUUUCGUUACGUUAUUACAUGAUUUGAUUCAAAACGAUAACUCGGGAGAAAUAGGCACAUUCUCAAAUCUAAAUAACACCGUUAGGAUAUUGUCGAUCCUCUUCCCCCAUACUGACAUCG